GCCUCCUUCCUUCUCCUUCUUCUCCUCCUGAGCUGGUGCUGGUGCUGGUGCUGGUACUGGUACUGGUGCUGCUUUGGUUUGAGGGGCAGUGCCUGACUCGUGGUCUAGCCCAGUCUACAUUGCACCGGCUGAGCGGUCGUGACUGGCAGUGGGCAGUGGUCUUGACGGGUCAAUGCAUUCCUUUUGUUCAGUCUGACACAACUUUUGGGGCGCGAGACUGGGGUCGGCCUCCUCCUUCUCCUCCUCCUCUUUCUUCCUGGUUGAUCGGGCGUUGACCCGCUCUUGGGAGUUGUAUACACAAACACACGGGCACACAGGUACACACACGCGUACCUGUCCACGGGCACAGGAACUCAAAGGUUCCUGUCCUUGGAUGCUACCGAACCCUUGGCACAGGGCGCUCGUGUGCUGCUCUUUGGUUCAGGUUGGGUCUUCCUGACCCCCCUUUUUUCUCUCGUUUGGUCGUGCCCGUCAACACCUCGCCUCUGCUUGGGCGAGCGUGCCUUUGCUGCGCGCCCUCGCGCAUCGCUCUGCUCGAGCAAGCCCUGCUUGAUCAGCAUAUUGGUGCACGCGCUCAACGCACUACCUUCAAGACCACACAACAUGGCAACCACCAUUGCCAGCCUCGAGUCGCGCUAUGACCUCAAAAACAAGGCUGGCGAAGGUACCUUUUCCGAGGUCGUCAAGGGUACACGGCGCUCAGACAGCGUCCCCGUUGCCAUCAAGCGAAUGAAGGGGCACUUCAACAGUGCCGAGAAGAUUGACAAUUUGCGCGAGAUUCAAGCCCUUCGCCGUUUGAACCCGCACCCCAACAUUAUUGACAUGACCGAAGUCAUCUAUGACCCGGACAAAAGGACCUUGGAUCUGGUGUUUGAGUUGAUGGAAAUGAAUAUUUAUGAACGCAUCAAAGGCCGUCGCCAUCAUCUGCCCGAGGACCUGGUCAAGAAUUACAUGUAUCAGCUGCUCAAGGCCCUUGACCAUAUGCAUCGCAACGGCAUCUUUCAUCGUGACGUCAAGCCAGAAAAUGUCCUCAUCAAUGGCGAAGAGCUCAAACUGGCCGACCUUGGCUCAUGUCGAGGCAUUUAUUCCAAGCCCCCAUUUACAGAAUACAUCUCCACGCGUUGGUAUCGCGCUCCUGAAUGUCUUCUGACCAAUGGCCACUAUGGUUUCAAAAUGGAUCUCUGGUCUGUCGGCUGUGUCAUGUUUGAAGUCAUGUGCCUAUACCCACUCUUUCCAGGUGCCAAUGAGCUUGAUCAAAUCAACAAAAUCCACGACAUCAUGGGCACACCCCCGAGCCAUGUCAUGGCCAAGAUCCGCAAGAACGCGCAGCACAUGAAGAUGAAAUUCCCCGACAAGGCCGGCAAGGGCUUGGACAAGCUCAUGCCGCACGCCUCAGAGGAGUGCAUUUCGCUCCUUCUGGGGUUGCUCGAGUAUGAUCCCGAUGCUCGCCUGUCGGCGCGGCAGGCCCUCAAGCAUCCCUACUUCCGUCAGCUCCGUGAGGCGGACAAGCGCCGUGCCAAGGAGAGUCAGCAACACGAGCAAUCCAUCGAUGGAGGGCGUCGUCGAUUGUCAAGCAAGGCCGAUGGCGCCAUCCCAGAAAUGGUGGAGCAUUCCGCGUCCACGGCAGCAGGCGGCACCCAAGACGAUCUGGUCACGGUGCUCAAGGGCAAGCUGAACAUUGGGCGGAAGCACACCCGCAAGGCGCGCAAGGACGAAGAUACGCAACAGCAACGCCGUGGCAGCAAUGGCUUUGCGGGCCGGUUUGUCAGCACGCGGCGAACUGUCAAUGGUCCGCCAGGUGGCAUGACCAUUUUGGGCGGUCACCCUGCUCAAGCCAAGCCGGCAGGCUCGGAGCGCCGGCGCAAAACAUACUUUAACCGCAAAGCUGCUAGCAUGGGUGGCACGAAUAGCACCAAGCUUCCACCCUUGGCAGCUGUUGGCGGCGGCAAGAACGACAGCUUUUCCUCAACACAGGCAUCAGCCCUUCCGGCCCUUAGCAAAGCCUUUAAGUGAAUAUACAGCGUUUAUGUUAGUUGAUCCAUGAGAUGUGUGUUUUCUUCUUCUGUGAUGUUGAGCCACGGUUUGACAUGUGUGGCUAUAGGCGUCUGGUUCCAAAACUCGAUUAUUCAUUCUCUACCAUCGAUGUUCUUUUUAAUUUCCUCUUGUGGCUUUGAGUUGAAGCCGGUAUGGUUGCAAAGCGACAAAGGUGUAGUUGGACGCAAUUUCAUGGCACCUUUGUG